GUCACACUUGCCGCAAAAACAACAAUCAGCGCUCGAUGCAGUACUAAACAAAGAGUAAUUUUUAAUUUUAGGCCUCGAACGGGCCACAGAUAAUCAAAAUGUGGAUUCAACCCAAGGAGCUGCUCCUGCCCUCGGCAUUUUGGAUUGCCGAGAUGCACUCGAGAUACUUUGUCCUGCAGAAGCGACGUGGCCACGGGGAAUCCCGGGGAUUCGGAUCCAUGCUGGUUGGCACCUACGACAGCGUGAUGAACACCAAGCCGGCUCCAUACCGCAUCCUCCACCAGACGCCCUCAUCGGAGGUGUCUUACGAAAUCGCCAUUGGCAUCACCCAGGAUGAGAUAGUCAAGGAUUGGGAAUGGCUGCAGAGCAAUCUGUUUAAAGUGCUGGACGAGAUGGAGAACGAGGACGAGGUGACCAACUUCACCAUAUGCAAAAUCCAGUCACUAUACACGCAAAACAACCAAGAUGAUACUGGCGAGUCGGCCGAUUUCAAGGUGAUGACUUCACAAUUCAGGCAGAUCUUCAAAAUGCCCGAAGAAGAGCGACUGGUUAACUCCUACUCAGCCACAUACGUGAAGAACAAGAUCCCGAGACAGGGUCAGCUAUACAUCUCGCUGAACCACGUUUGCUAUUACUCCUAUAUGCUGGGCCAGGAGAUCAAGCGCAUUAUACGGUUUGCAGAGCUAGAGGACAUUAGCCGAAAUGCAAACACGAUCUAUCUGAAGACCACCAACAACAUGACGUAUAAUUUUACAAUGCUCUUUAACGCCAGCGAGGCGCAUUUAUUGAUCGAGCAGCUCAACAAAAUGGCAAUACAGCAAUUGAUCCAUGAUCCUGACAGUCCCGUCGUCGACCACGAUCCCUCAAAUUUCGCCCGGUUGGGUAACAAGACAUCCAAGAAGCCCGUGCUGCUGCGCGAUUUAACAGCUCGCCAGAAAUCAGAGGAGUUUCGCAUAUAUUUCCGACUGCCGCAGUCGGAGAUAAUUGAUGGGAAGAUCAAGGCCAAUAUUUGGACACCUUACUCGAAGCGGUUUAAUUCCGGCUUUAUCUAUCUGUCGCCCAAUUUCCUAUGCUUUCGUAGCGAUGUCAAGGAUUUGGUCAGCGUGGUGAUACCCAUGAAGACCAUUAAGAGUGUGGAGAAAAAAGAUGAUGGCCAGCAACGGUUCGAAAAUCAAAUUGUCAUCAUCACAUCGGAGAAUGUGCCUUUUAUGUUUGCUCACAUCGUGGACAGAGAUGUGCUAAUCUCCAAGAUCACAGAUCUUCUCGCACGAAUCCAUGUUCCUGUGAGUCGGGAACGGGCCAAAUACGACAUCUCGUGGAGCAAACAGACCGCUCUGAUGAACACAUUCAAGACGCAGUUCAGUUCGGAGAUCGUGCAGAAACAAGAGGAGAAAAUGUUGCGCUGGGAAGCGCAUUUCCGGGACUUUGGACGGGGCAUCGGAAUGUUCCGCACCACGGACGUGAUAAAUCUGAUUGUAGAGGGCAUUCCCGACAAGUUGCGCCAGGAGAUCUGGCUGAUCUUCUCGGGGGCGAUUCACGACAAAGAGAUGAACCCGGGCCUGUACGAGGAUUUGGUAGAGAAGGCGGCCUGCAUCAAGAAUUGCUUUGCACACGACGAGAUCGAUCGAGACUUGCCGCGUUCGCUGCCCGAGCAUCCGGCAUUCCAGAGUACCGAUGGCAUCGGAGCUCUGAGAAGAGUCCUGCAGGCCUAUGCGCUGCGCAAUCCGCAAGUGGGCUACUGCCAGGCCAUGAACAUUGUGUCGUCGGUGUUCCUGCUCUUUUGUGACGAGGAGAACGCCUUCUGGAUGCUGGCCAGCCUGUGCGAGAACCUACUGCCGGACUACUACAAGGACAAGGUGGUGGGGGCCCAGAUUGAUCAGGGCGUGCUCAACGAACUGGUGGAAACACAUCUGGCCGAUUUGCACGGUCACCUGGAGCAGCUGGGAGUGAUUAAGAUGAUCUCCAUCUCGUGGUUCCUCACCAUCUUUAUGAGCGUGAUAAGCUACGAGAGUUCGCUGCACAUCCUGGACUGCUUCUUCUACGAGGGCGCCAAAAUCAUCUUUAUGAUCUCGCUGCAAAUCAUCGAGUGGAAUAGGGAAAAGCUGCUGCAGUGCCAGGAUGAUGGCGAAGCCAUGUUGGUAUUGCAGAACUAUCUGGAGGGGAUCUACAAUCCGGAGUAUCAGGUUCCUCCCGCUACGGACAAGCGAAAGAUGGAGCGCAAAAUCCAAACCCAAACCGUACAGACUCUGAUCCAUGAGGCGUACACCAAAUUCGGCGAGGAGAUAACCCAGCAGCGUAUUGAAGAGCUGCGGAACAAACACCGUCGGCUGACCAUGCGACAGUUUGAUAUUGACAACGAGAAGACCAUUGUGAAGGCCUACGUCCAGAAUCCGUACUUCAGCCGCAAUGAGCUGCACCAGCUGCUCACCAUCAUUCGCGAGGAGAAGCAUGCCCUGAAGUCCCUGCAACAGCAGCAGCAGAAGGCCCAAUGCCCGCUGUCGGAGAUGCCUCAACUGGUGGCGCAGUCGCCAAGCAGGGCCAUCCAUGAGGCGGGAGCCUCGGGAGACAGACACGAGGCCUACAGCGUCAACUAUGAGGUGUUCCACACGCUCUUCACGGAGCUCACACCCUGGCGAAAGUGCGUCAGUGUGGACAUUGGUGAAAAGUUGUUCCGGCUCACAGACAAGCGGGGCACUGGUUCGCUAGACUUUGGCCAGCUUAUCAAUGCCCUGGGUUUGGUCUGCUCCACCAAGAGCAUGGAGAAGCUGAAGCUGCUGUUCGUUCUGCAUCUGCCGCCUCUUUUGUCCAAAGCGGAGAUUGAACGCUCGCGUCGUCCGCGUCCGCGCACCAAAGACGAUGCCGAGGAGGCCUUCGAGGCGGAGGAUUUCUUUGACAACGACGCAUCAGAAUCGAUGGAAGCGCUGCCCUCGCCCUCGGAUCACAAUUUUGAUGCCGACGACUUUGCCCUGAUCAGUGCCACCCAGCACCUGCACAACUUGGCCGGAAUCUCGGGCAACACGUUCAUGGACCUGUCGCGUACGCCAAAUCUGUCGUUGAACUCCAACACCUCGUCGUUGGCGCAGCGCAGCUCGACCUUCUACGUGGACCUGCCGGCACUCCAGGGUACAGCAACAUCCACAGAUGCUGGGCGGGACGAAGACGGGCCCCAGAGAGGGCUACGCCAGCAGGGACGUUACGAAUCGAUUGACACAUUUUCGGAUAUUUCAGAUCUGGGAGCGGCUCGCAUGACGCCGCCCGGAACGGGAGCGGUAGCGGGAUUGGGAGCGGGAGCGGGAUCGGAAGCGGAUGUGGCAGCCGGAGCACAAGCUGCUGCGGCCGCUGACCACAUGCUUCUGAAUGUUGAGACUAUAUCGAAUUUCUCACAGAUCAGCGACCUGGUUGCGGCCACACGACAAGAGCGCGCCGACUCGACAGCCACGGACUCGCGCAGCCUGGGCAGUCUCGGCUAUCUGCUGGACCAGCCGGAUGAGGGGGCGUCCUGUUCGCAGCACAGCAUUCCGCACAUGCGCAAGGAGAAUUUCCAGCUGCUGUGGCGCAGCAUCAUCGAGAUCAUGGGUCUGGUGCAAGAUGAAGAGAUGCAGAGGGCUUAUGAGAAUCUCCUCGAGCUGGGCAACAGCAACAUAAAGAAGGAGCCCAGCCUGGAAAGCUUCACGCAGCUGAAUUUGGGAGGCAGUGGCGAUGAGCAACCGGAUAGCAAUGGCAAUCCCACCACACCCGCUGCAGAGCCCAUCGGCACCACUCGCCUAUUUGUGGCUCUCGAGGAGGAACUGCGCCAGGCGAGUGGCAAUGGGAGGACCACAACGACAAGCAGCGGCAACAGCAGCAGCAGCAGCACAAACACAUCCGAGUCGUGGCACAUAUCCAUUAGCCAGUUCAUCGCCACGGUACUGACCGUCAAUAGCAUUGUCAGAGGUUUCCAAACACCCAUCCAGAUAAGCGAGCAGAUCGAGCAGCUGCAAAAGAAGCGGCGCAAGUGUUUGUCCAUCAACUACUGAAUAACAAUAGUCCCUAUACCCUUCCUAUACCCACCACCCAAUCCUAGCCACAAAUCUGUAUUAGCCAUAUAUGAGAGCCCGACCGAUCCUUGAUCCUUGUGCAAUGCGAAAAGCUUUUAAUCGUAUCCAUGUUUUAUGUAUGUAUAUUGUAUUGCCUCUAUCGUUAAGUUAAGACAAUUGUUUGUGAAUAUAAUUCUAUUAUUCCUAUUA